UUUUAUUAGUAUGGCAACUUUAUAGAUGAUUUACGGCUCUAUGUGAGAGGAGGAACUGGUGGAAUGGGAUAUCCUCGUCUGGGUGGGGAAGGAGGGAGAGGUGGCGAUGUCUGGCUGGUUGCCCGAGAAAGAACUAGCUUAAAGAGCAUAAAGGACAGAUAUCCCCAGAAGCGAUUUGUAGCUGGAACAGGAGCCAACAGCAGUGUUAGAGCACUAAAAGGUGAAAAAGGAAAAGAUUGUGAAGUUCAUGUGCCUCUGGGAAUUUCAGUUCUUUGUGAUGAUGGCAAGCAGAUUGGAGAGCUUAAUGCAGCAGGAGAGAGAUUCUUAGCAGCUCGUGGAGGUCUUGGAGGCUCUUUGGCCACAAACUUCAUGCCUUGCAAAGGUCAGAAGCGAAUUGUUCGUCUUGAUUUGAAACUUAUAGCAGAUGUUGGCUUAGUUGGGUUUCCAAAUGCAGGAAAAUCAUCCUUGUUAAGCAAGAUUUCUCAUGCCAAACCUGAGAUUGCAAGUUAUGCAUUUACAACAAUACAGCCUGAACUAGGAAAGAUCAUGUAUGCGGAUUAUAAGCAG